AGCGUGACGAAGGCUCGCUUAAAAAUACAACAAGGAAGUGGACGUUCACUGUCAAGGCUAAAAUAACAUUCACCGAGGAUAUAUUUAAUAACCCAACGGUGUCUUAUCAUUGAAUAAGUACCGGGAGGGUAUAGUCAUCUCGGACUUACCCGACAACCCCGUGAGUUUCUGUUUGAAUAACCGUGGAGCUCGAGUCCAGCAAUGAACACGGACGUUGAAUUUCACAUCAGGCAGAAUUAUCCGUGGAACAAGCUGCCAGCAAAUGUCAAACAGAGUCUUGGAAACUCACAGCGUGAAUAUGACAAGCAGGUUCUUCUGUACAGUAUCCGAAACCAGCUACGCUUCCGCAAUAACCUAGUCAGGCAUGUGAAGAAGGACGAGCGCAAGUAUUAUGAGGAGCUGUUGAAGUACAGCCGAGAGCAUCUGAUGCUCUAUCCCUACCACCUUUCUGACAUCAUGGUCAAGGGUCUGCGGGUCACCCCCUUCUCCUACUACAUCAGCAUCAUGGAGGACAUCAUGAACUGUGAGAAGAGUUAUGAUUCCCUGCCCAACUUCACUGCUGCUGACUGCCUGAGGCUGCUUGGGAUUGGCAGGAACCAGUACAUUGACCUAAUGAACCAGUGCAGAUCUUCCAAAAAAUUUUUCCGGAGGAAAUCAGCUCGGGAUCUCCUGCCAGCAAAACCUGUGGAGAUCACGGUAGAGCCCUGGUGGGUGGUGCAGACUGGAUACAUCACUGAGGAUGACAUCAGGAUCUGUUCUGUGGCGGAGAAGGCAGCCAUUGAUAAGAUGAUAGAUUCUGGACCCCAGCUGGCUGGAUCAAUGGAGUACAAUGUGGUUCUGAGUUUGUACAACCGUGGCUAUAUAUAUCUAGAUGUGCCCAUAUCAGAUGACAGCUGUAUAUCAGUGCCGCCGCUUGAGGGUUUUGUCAUGAACCGAGUCCAGGGUGAUUAUUUCGAAACGCUGCUCUACAAAAUCUUCGUUUCCAUUGAUGAGCAGACUAAUGUGUCAGAGCUGGCUAAUGUACUGGAGAUUGACUUGGGCCUGGUGAAGAAUGCAGUGUCCAUGUAUUGUCGCCUGGGGUUUGCUAUCAAAAAGGGUCAGGUGAUCAGCCCGGACCAGCUGCACCCCUCAUGGAAGAGUGCGCCUUCGGUCAACAGACUCAAGAGCACUAUGGACCCUCAGAAGAUGUUGCUGUCGUGGGAGGGUGGCAGUCCAGUGAUGGAGGCAGGUUCCUCGGCCACUGAUACAGACACCACCAGCCUGGAGGAUCAGGACACAGCCAGCGUGAGCAGUUUGAGUAUCCCAGCGGCUCCCACUAAGAGGAUCGCCUUUCUGUUCGACUCCACCCUCACUGCCUUUCUCAUGAUGGGCAAUCUGUCCCCGAACUUGAAGAGUCACGCCGUGACCAUGUUUGAGGUGGGCAAGCUGUCUGAUGAGACCCUGGACAGUUUCCUCAUGGAGCUGGAGAAGGUGGAGAGCACCGCUGAAGGAGAAGCUCAGAGAUAUUUUGACCACGCUCUGACCCUCAGGAACACAAUACUCUUUCUGCGCUACAACAAAGAUCUCACGCCUGAUCAGGGCCCCGAUGUACCAAAUAUAGGCAUGCCUCUGGACCUCCUCCGCUGUGAAAGCCUGCUGGGAUUGGAUCCCGCCACCUGCAGCCGCGUGUUGAACAAGAACUACAAACUGCUAGUUUCUAUGGCUCCGCUCAGCAACGAGAUCCGGCCAAUCAGCAGCUGCACACCUCAGCACAUUGGCCCAGCCAUUCCUGAAGUCAGCUCCAUCUGGUUCAAACUGUACCUGUACUCAGUCACUGGUCAAGGCCCUCCUUCACUGCUGCUCUCCAAGGGCUCCAGGCUCCGGAAGCUGCCAGACAUCUUCCAGGCCUAUGACCGACUGCUUAUAACAUCAUGGGGUCAUGAUCCCGGGGUUGUCCCGUCAUCCAACGUGCUAACAAUGCUAAAUGAUGCCCUCACCCACUCUGCUGUGCUCAUUCAGGGUCAUGGCAUGCAUGGACAUGGUGAGACUGUCCAUGUCCCCUUCCCAUUUGACGAGGAAGACCUUAAAGGAGAGUUCUCCUAUUCCAAUAUGUGUGCGCACAAAGCCCUUAAGAUUCUGCAGGACAAAGUGGAUCUGGAGCACCAGUGUGGCUACAUCACCAUGCUGAACCACAACAACAGACAUCGCAGACGAGCCAGUGACGCCGACGGAGACGCUGAGCUUAGCGGAGUUCUGGAUGCCAAUGGAAGCAAUGAAUCUUUCGAGCUGGUGACGGAGGAGAAUAAUGGAGAUGGCGGUAAGAAGCAGGGAACAGAAGCAUCGUCCAGUGAGGAUGAGUGGGUUCCUCUGGAGCUCUGCUUCGGGAUGCCUCUCUUCAGCUCUGAGUUAAACCGCAAAGUGUGUCAGAGGAUCGUCUCCCACAAACUCUGCAGCAAAGACAGUCUUCAAGAGUUGCUACAUUCCAGUCGAAAACUAGCAUUAAAAGUUCUCAGUUUUGUUCAGUCAUUCCAGGACGGAAAACAGCCCGCGGACCCUGACAGCGGGGUCUCGGGUCCCCUGAGUCAGCCUCCGGCAGAGUCUGGCGUCCCCCUCCCCGCAAUCAACCUGCUCUUCAAGGACGGAGAGCUGAAAGAAUGGAGCGGGCGAGCGCCGCCCUCACUACACAUCUCUGCCCCACAGAGAGAUCAGCCAACAUAAAAUACCACCCUCCAAAUAACCCAGAUCCACAGCAAACUCCACUCACGUACGUCAUCAUGAGUUACCAUGCCACUCAUUCACACACACAAACACACACACGCAGCAAUCAAGUGCUGUUACAUCUGGAUGCGAGCGUCCAGAGAGUCCUGAGUAACUCUAAAAACCCUGAUGGGUUCAAUCACACGUCCCAUUCACCCACUUGCAAAAUUACUUUUAACGUGUAUAUAGACUUUGCUUGGAAAAACAUAGGACCAAUCUUGGGUUGGAUGAAGUCACCUUACUCGUAUUGUCAUGUUUUGUGACCCGAUGCAUGAUAUCACUGCACAAAAUCUCAAAAAAACAAACAAACAAACAAACAAACAGAAAAACUACUUGACUGAAUCAGCAGGGUUUGAAAACAUGAGGUUUACUUUUUGCACAAAGCCUGUGGACAACAUUCAGGUUUAUUUUGAUUUUGUUUUGGAAAUCAAGAUGAUGGUUUAUUUGGUCAGCAGAAGAGCAUUAUUUCUGCUUCAACUGAGACCAAAGACAAACUUGUUUUAUGUUGAUUUUUAUUAUUAUUUUACUUUUUUUGGAUGCCUUAUUUGGUUAUUUGUAGACUACUGUAUGCAUUUAUUCCACUAGGCCAGUUUGAAAACAUUCCCAAACUAUAUAGUCAGGCACACACACCUUCAAGUAGUGACAAUAACAUCAUCAAUGAUCCAUCAGUAUGUAGAUGUGUUGAAUAUCAGUAUAAGUUUAGCGUUUAUUGUGCGAUUAUGCAGUAACACAGCAUUAAAAUCCCCUUCAGUGGCCUGACCUUUUCCCUGAAGGUGCUGCCAGUGUUUCCCCAAUCAAACCUAAUAGUGGUGUAUGAUGAUGAAGACCGAUUAGAGAUCUUGGUGCUGCAUGAUGAGUGUGUAGAUUCGUUGUGUGUAUUGUGCGCCGUUUUCUCCUUAUCUCUUUAUUUCCCCUGUCCGUUCCUUCCUGAAAAGAUAUGAUCCAAAACUACACCGGCCCUGUACCUGACCCUGUCACAGUGUUAGGGAGGAAAAAAACUAAAUAAAUAAACCGAUAGUUUUAAAAGAUCACCCUACAUUUUAGGAAACCCUCUGUUGUAGUGUACUUGAUGGGACUGUGAACAUGCUCUUGUAAUUAAAUGGGUUCAGAAGUUACAUUUCCCCUCUCACGCCAUCCCAUUCUCCAAAAAAAUAUAUGUCAUAACAAACGAAUAUGUAAAAAGUAUAUGAGAGUACUAAUAAAUAUGUUACAAAAACACCCAUUACAA